AUUGAUGAACCUCAAGACCCACAGCCGCGGAUCUGGAAGGUGGAUUCAUGAUGUCUUAUCGUGACGCACAAUUUGCGGUUAGGCAAUUGUCGCAAUUUAUGUUGCGAAUGUCCGAGGUGAGUGACGAUACUGGAAGCACCAGAUGGAGAGGUCUAUGGGACUCCGCGAGAGCAGAAAAUGUGGUGAGGCAACGGAUUUCGCUGGCGGAUCAGUUUGCGUGAAACAGCCGGACGGAGUGGUUUAAAAGUGAAUUUGCUCAUAGUGUUCAGAGUCUUCAGAGUUGAUUUUUUUCUGUGUGAUUUCUAGCGUAUUUGGCGCGAAAAUUCUACACCAAGAUUAAUUAAAUAUUGUGUUAAAGGGCAGCCGAAAUUGUUAACAAAAAGAACAAAUAGACAAAUAAAUAGUCGCGUGUAUUUGAUUUUGUUAUAAAUAUCUCUGAGGUGACGUUCUAAUCAGUACAAAAUGCCAGCUGUGGAAGUGGCUCAUAUGCUAGACCUGAAUCCUGAGCUACCGGAAAAAAUCCAGGAAAUUGCCAAUCGUCAGGGAGAAGAUCCCCAUAGAGUCUGUGCCCUUAUUCAAGAAUUUCGGGAUUUAAUUUAUGAAAAAGGAAGUUGUACGCCACAUCGCACAGAUGAUGAAUAUCUACUGAAAUUCCUGCGUGCGAGAUUCUUUCGUGUGGACAAUGCGUACAAAUUGUUGUGCAGAUACUACAGCUUUCGGGAACAACAUCCAGAAUUACAUGCCAAUGUCCGUCCAAUGAGUUUGCGUCCUAUUGGCGAAGAUGAUAUCGUGUCUGUGGCUCCUUAUCGGGAUCAGCAUGGAAAGAGACUGAUGUUCUACAAGAUUGGCAACUGGAAACCCUCAAAGAUUCCCCUGGAUGACCUCUUCAGGGCCACCCUCAUAAUCCUGGAGAUCGGAUCGAUGGAACCACAGACGCAAGUGGUUGGAGGAGUUGGGAUCUUUGAUCUAGAAGGUCUCACUCUGAAUCACUGUUGGCACAUGAGUCCCUCAGUUGCACAGAAAAUGAUCAGUCUGAUGGUCACGUGUAUGCCACUGAGGACCACUUCAAUCCACAUCAUCAACCAGAGUUGGGCCUUCGAUGCUGUUUUCCAGGUUUUCAAGCCCUUCCUGAAUGAGCGCAUGAAGGAGAAAAUCUUCAUCCAUGGCUCUGACAUGUCCUCUCUGCACAAGCACAUCUCGCCAGCUCACCUGCCCGAACGCUAUGGCGGCAAGAUGUCUGAGUACAACUACAAUACGUGGCUGGAUAGCCUGAAACCCAAUGAGAAAGUACUGAAGGAACUUUUGCAGCUUGGAUACAGCAUUCCUGAAGAGGACCUCGCAUGAUCCUACCCCAGGAGGACAUGCUAUGUCUCCUAGAAAUAGACGCUUUAAUCAAAAUGGGGAGGAUUUGAUUGUAUCAUGGAGAUUUACAAGAAGGGAACAAUGGGUGGGAAAAUCUCAGGUCAAAGAGUGAAGUUUAAUCAUUUUAUUUUGAAAGCAAAUAAAUUACUUUUCUAUUAUCAUUCUAAAAUCUAAA